GUCACCUGGCAAACGAAGAGACUUGAUUAGGCACCUAAGCUACUGGAGCGGCGAGGCUCUUACGAGUAGCAUUCCGGCAAGCCAUCAAUCCCAAACCAAUUCCCAAUUCCAACCCCACACAGACGUCACCGUCGCAGGCUUGCAGGGUGCAGUGCCCAAAAGCUCACAAUUCACCACAGACACUCACAAGUCACAACUGCUCCACCUGCAACAAAACUGCUUUCCUUGAAUUCCAUCCAUCAGCCUCAGGCACUUCAGCAACCCUCCCUUAUAUACGGUGCACAGCCUGGGCCUUCUUUCCCUGCGCCUCCAAUCCACGGCAUUCUGCGAUUACUUUACCUUCGGUCGCCGCCCUUCAGAGCUCGGCUAAACAAGGACAAACAGCCAUGCUCCCUCACAGAUAGCCUCUGCUCUCAAACCAUCAAGGCGUAGCAUGAACGGAGAGUCACAUGAACACCGCGAACAGCGGAUUAAAGAACUAUGGCAUACUCUUGAUACCCGUAGCGAAGGCCAUCUCGACCUCCCUGGUUUGAAAAAGGGUCUUCGCAAAAUCGACCACCCCCUCAAAAACGCCGAUGACCUCCUUCACGAUGUCCUUAACGUUGUCGACACUUCAGGUGACGGUCGAAUCCAAUAUAAUGAGUUCAGAGUCUUUGUUGAGCACGCAGAGCGGGAGUUGUGGCAGCUUUUCGAGAGUAUAGACAAGGACAACAGCGGUGCUUUGGAUAAAGGAGAGCUGCGAGCGGCGUUCAGCAGGGCUGGUGUGACGAUCAGUUCCGCAAAAUUGGAUCAGUUCUUUGAUGAGGUGGAUGUGAAUCACGACGGCGAGAUCAGCUUUGACGAGUGGAGGGAUUUCCUUCUCUUCUUACCAGCAGGCCGAUCCAAUCUUCGCGGUGUGUUAUCGUACUAUACUGCUACGGCAAGUGUCAAUCAGGAAGGAGAUGUCAAUGUCAAUGACACUCUGCAAGGAUUUGAUUUUCUCCCUCCGCCAGGCUAUUUCAUAGCUGGUGGGCUAGCAGGCAUGGUCUCACGCACAGCAACUGCUCCACUUGACCGCUUGAAAGUCUACUUGAUUGCCCAAACAAGUCCGAAAGAGGCUACCAUCAAAGCUGUGAAGGAUGCCGCACCUCUGCAGAUGAUCAGGAAUUUCGGCAGACCACUGGUCGAUGCAUGCAAGGAACUUUGGGCUGCUGGCGGCUUGCGUAGCCUGUUCGCUGGGAACGGCUUGAAUGUGGUCAAAGUCAUGCCGGAAUCGGCCAUGAAGUUCGGUGCCUACGAGGCCGCCAAGCGAUUCUUCGCCAGAAUUGACGGUUCAGAUCCCAAGCAUCUGCAUCCGACGUCUCAAUUUCUCGCUGGUGGUAUUGGCGGUGUGGUAUCUCAAUGUGUUGUUUACCCGCUUGAUACCCUGAAAUUUCGAAUGCAGUGCGAGACAGUUUCUGGUGGCCUGCAUGGAAACGCCCUGAUCUUUCAGACCGCCAGGAAGAUGUGGAAACAAGGCAAGCUCAUACCAUAUUAUCGGGGCUUAGGAAUGGGUCUUGCUGGCAUGUUUCCUUACAGCGCUAUCGACCUGUUCAUUUUCGAGAACUGCAAGAAUUUUGUGAUUGCUCGUAAAGCCAGGCAAGCACGAGUUCACGAAGAGGAUGUGGACAUGAGCAACCUUAUCACGGGCAUGAUUGGAGCUACCUCGGGCGCGAUCAGUGCUACGGCAGUAUAUCCGAUCAAUCUGCUUCGAACAAGACUUCAAGCCCAAGGUACGGUGCUCCAUCCGCCGACCUACAAAGGCAUUGCGGAUGUGACUAGGAAGACACUCCAGAACGAAGGCAUCAAAGGAUUGUUCAAGGGUGUGACCCCAAAUCUUCUGAAGGUUGCACCAGCUGUCAGUAUCAGUUAUAUCGUUUAUGAGAACAGCAAGGCGUUGUUGGGCCUGCGUUAAGGAUUGUUCACAAAGUCAAUGCCCAUACUUCUACAUGGAGUGUCAG